AUGAAUUUUGUCAAUGGUCAAGUCUAUUUCCGCUGUCGGGAGCGCAUCUGGUCCGAAGAGCUGUGUCGUGAUACGGCGCCUCAGACCCGGAAUCCCCUUGAAUGGGGUACCAACUACAUCGCCCUGGCACGACAAGGCAUGGAUGAGAUGGAGUAUCUCUUGGAACCAUACGACUUCCUCUUCAGCGCCCUGGAGGAGUUCCAAAAGCGCCAUAUUACCCUAGAUGGUGACGCGCUCAAUGCCAUGUCUGGUUUCCUCCAGCGUGUAGCCGACGCCGGCAAGACGGGCAUGAUCGAAGGCCUUCCCGUCAAGCUCCUCCCCGUAGCCAUGAUUUUUUGGAACCGUGCAGACAAUCCAGCGCUGUCUUCGGACGUGCGACGUAGGUCGGAGUUUCCGAGCUGGUCGUGGGCAGGCUGGCGGGCACCAUCGUUUUGGGACUUUUGGAAAGAGAUAGAGAUCACAGAAGGUGAGGAUGAGAUCCUCGACUGGCUCUCCGGAGCCAACUGGAUCUCCUGGUCCGUGUCUAGGCCUGGUAGUGAGCCUGAGGUGAUUCAUGAUCCGUCCACAAUUAGACACCAGUUUGACAUGAACGACGAAGGGAAUGCGAACACAGAAGGCAAACUCAAAACCAUGGGAGCACGUGAAGAGAUUCACCAAAGACCUCGCGCAUUCGAUCAUAUCCCGUGGGCUGCACGAGACCCCGUGGCAGUACCGUCGAAUAUACCAUACACCCUCUUGACUUUUCAGACGGUCGUUAUCCGCAUGGCCAUUGCCGCCCCUGCGCCAGAUUCAGGUUCUUACUGCCAGUUAUCCAUCCUGGACAGCACCGGGUCGAUAUGUGGAGAAGUCGUUCCGGACUUCCUCCCCAAGUUUGAGGCUACAAGGAGCCAUGCUGGAGCUGACACUACAUCUGACGCAGACAUAGAUGAAGAGUUACAUGCCGGGGAAAGAACGCAUUCGCCCUUUCCGAAGGAUUCCCUGUUUGAGUUCCUCGUCCUCGCCGAACGCCACCACAAACCAAACCUCAACGCCGCCGCUCCCGGAGACGACGACUACGACGACGCCUUUGUGAAUCUGGUGGAAAAGGUCUUCUACUGGGUCUUCAUGGUCGAGUACCUGCGUGAGAAGGCGGUCUAUGAGCGACGAGGCAUCGGUCAUGUGCUGAAGGCUUCGGUGCUGGACGGGAGGACGUUUGCGCCCGGCCCUGAAUGGAGGGAGAUUGUGCUGGGUUGA